AUGUAUGAGGACUGCGUCAAGUCCACUGAGGACUAUUAUUUUGUCUGUGAAAACGAGGGCGCGUGGGGCAUUGUGCUUGAGUCCUUGGCAAUAAUCGGCAUACUGGUCACAAUUAUACUACUCUUGGUGUUUCUCUUCCUCCUGCGAAGGGUUCAAGACUGCUGCCUGUGGAAUACCCUCCCCACUCAGAUCCUCUUCCUCCUGGGUGUGCUGGGACUCUUCAGCCUUGCCUUUGCCUUCAUCGCUCAGUUCAAUCAGCAAACUGCCCCUGUGCGCUACUUUCUCUUUGGGGUUCUCUUUGCUAUCUGUUUCUCAUGCCUCUUGGCUCAUGCCUCCAACCUGGUGAAGCUGGUCCGAGGUAGAGUCUCCCUCUGUUGGACAACAAUUCUGUGCAUUGCUAUUGGUGUCAGCUUGUUGCAGGUGAUCAUUGCCAUUGAGUACGUGACUCUCAUGAUGACCAGGGGCAUGAUGUUUAUGCAUAUGACCCCUUGUGAGCUCAACAUGGACUUUGUGGUCCUCCUGGUCUAUGUCCUCUUCCUGAUGGCCCUCACCUUCUUCGUCUCCAAAGCCACUUUCUGUGGCCCAUGUGAGAACUGGAAGCAACACGGAAGGCUCAUCUUUGUCACUGUGCUCAUCUCCAUCAUUAUCUGGGUGGUGUGGAUCUCCAUGCUCCUGAGAGGCAACCCACAGCUCCAGCGGCAGCCCCAGUGGGAUGACCCCGUCAUCUGUAUUGCCCUGGUCACCAAUGCAUGGGUUUUCCUGCUGCUGUACAUCAUACCGGAGCUCUGCAUUCUCUACAGAUCGACCAAGCAGAACUGCCCUUUACCGGGCAACACCUGCCCUGCCCCAGCAUAUCAAUGCAGCUUCAGAGUGGAGAACCAGGAACUCUCAAGAGCCCGAGACAGUGAUGGAGCUGAGGAGGAUGUAGCAUUAACUUCAUAUGGUACCCUCAUUCAGCCGCAGACUGCUGAUCCCACACAGGAGUGUUUCAUCCCACCAACUAAACCAAGCCCCCAGCAAGAUGCAGAAAUAUAA